CAGGUACUAAAUAAAAAAGCAAAGCUGCGAUACGUUCGUUGUACUCUAUAAGCUGGGAGAAGGCGCAUCUGAGCUGGAUCUCGGAUCAGAAGCAAAACGAACUGAUCUCGGCCGAUUUCCUACACCUGUUGGAGCUUUCAUGCUUGAAGUUGCUUAUCGAACACAAAUGGCCAAGGAGAGGGUGUUGUCACCACCUGAAGGACACGAAUCUCCUAAUCAGAUGAGCAGUGUGGUCUUGGCAACCGUCAGGAAAUUCUCCAUCUUACUUGAGCGAUCUCGCAAGAAGCACACUUCACUUUCAAGAAACUUGAAGAUGACUGUAGAGAUACUGUUCAGAUGUGCUUACUGAACAAGCAAAUGGAGAUCGAAAAUCUUCGUGCUAGGCUUGAGAAGGAAACCAAUAUAUCGAAAUCCUUGCAUGAAAUUUUAGACCUAAGUCGGAAACUAGUCCUAGAGAGAGAUGAGCAGUUGAAUGAAAUGAGUAAUAAAUUACGAGAUGCG